AUGCGAGAGGACAUAGCGACGACGCAGGAGAGCCGGAGUUUUUGGAUUAGCAAGGUGCUGCCGUCAAGGUUGAUUUGUUACGGCGCAGCGACGAUUCCCAGCAUGCGCGCGCCCUACUGGGGCAUAUUGUUUUUAGUUGAAGAGCCCAAUCUCACAUCACAUAUUGAACAAAUAUUCUUACAAGCAUCUACUAGCGGAGGUUGGAGUGUUGAGUUUCCCACAUACUUUAUGCAGGGCAAGCAGCAAAGCCCAGGAACACGUGGAUGCAGAGCAACUUCCAGACAUGAAAUGCUGACCGCCUUCAAAAGACCGGCUGCUGCUGAUACCGAUGGAGCAAAUGUUCGGAUAGAGCGUGCGAAAUUGCGACAAUAUGACCGGGGUGGGCAGACAGGCGGUCAAGUCACACUCACGAGUCACAGGUGGCAGAAGUCUCGAGAAAUUGAGGUUGGGCUGCGGACCAUCACUCACCGCAGUAGAAGGGCAGAUGCGGCCAAGCCGAAGACGUGGCUCACGACUGGCAUGCCUUCUUUGCCUUCUCCUGCAAUGUCGCGCUCACUUCAAGUCGGCGGACCGACAUAUUAUCGGACUUGUCGGGAGACGAUGCCCUACGCUACGGCUACCUGGUGGUGGGGUGUAAUUUUGAUUCGCACUUUCGGAAUUACCUACUCCAUGUCUGAGAGACGAGCGAAGCCCGUGUUGGACCAGCCGCCGCCAGCCUACGGGAUUCGGGAGUGCAGAGGCAGGUCGCAAGCUGAAUCCGUAGAUACUGGACAGACGCGAAAAUCGCCAGGUCGACAAUUCCACUUUGUACGCUUGUGCGCUCGGGGGCCGCCACGCCUCGGCAGUUGGCAGCCAUCGAUCCCACCAAACUUUGCCCCAAGAAGAUGCGGAAUGCGGAAAUUCCCACUCUCGUCCGAUCGGUUACGCGGUUCGCGGAUAGGGCUCCAGUCUCCCGACUCUAGAGCAUUCUCCAGUCUCCAGAGUAUCCUGUAUUCGUACGGAUGCUUUGCACAGACACAGUGCGGGAAAAAGUUCGCCACCUCCUUGCAGAUGAUGUUACCAAAUCGUCGGGAUCCGCUCGGGACGUCGCGCGUUACGCGAUGGUGCGCCCGUUUGCACAUGGCUGUGGCAACGACUGUUGGUAUCUGCGCUGCUCUGCACUGGGGCUUGUCAGUCAUCGCAGUUUCCGUGGCCUUCAUUUUCUAA